CUGAAAUGAAGGUCAUUGUAACGAUUUGGUAAUGGGAAUUUCAUACUAAAUAAAUGAACUUUCGUACAUCUCGUAUUUAGCUUGGAUUUGUUUCUUCACUUUGCUUCCAAGCCAACUGGGUGCUUCCCAGUUUUUAGAGGAACCGUGUGGAACACCUAAAGUGGUAUAUAAAAUUGUGAACGGCGAUAAUGCUAGACUUCAAGAUGCUGCAUGGAUGGCUGCAAUCGACAACGGCACAGCUCUUCUUUGUGGUGGCACCCUGAUUCAUAGACGAUUUGUUUUAACUGCUGCACAUUGCAUACAUGGCCAAAAAAAACUACAGGUGAGGUUGGGAGCAUACAACAGAAGUAACCCUACCGUCGUACACAAUGUCAUUAAAGGAAUAACUCACAGAUUAUACAAAAAAUCUUCAAGUUUUCAAAAUGAUAUAGGAUUGCUUAAACUUUCGAGCAGCGUCUUCUUCAACCCCCAUAUUCACCCAAUCUGCAUUAUUUUGAAUAAGAAUUUGAAAACAGACGUAGAUAACACACAGAAAUUUAGAGCCUAUGGUUGGGGACUAAAAGAAAACCGCGAGGAGAGCGAUAUACUUCAAACUAUCAUCGUCAACCGUGCAGAUCCUUACAAUUGCUAUAAGGGACUUGGAGUGACUCCCACUUCAAAUCAGAUAUGUGGUUGGGUUUCUUACGGAGACACCUGUCAAGGCGAUUCUGGUGGUCCAUUGGUCAAUAAUGUCACUAUUAAGGGAAUCGGCGUUCGGGCAACCCAGCUAGGAAUCGUAAGCUACGGCGACCUUGGGUGCAAUGGUCUUAGUGUAUAUACCGAUGUGACAAGCUAUGUGGAUUGGAUUGCGGCUACUAUAAAAAAAUACAGUGCGGAUAAGUCACAAACCCAAAUACCUCUACGGCCCGCCAAGGAUCUCGAUAAGUGGCUUUACAGAGACUGCGGUGGUGAUACCAUUGCUUCAAAUUUACUGGCAAACAUUUAUGGACCUAAUUUCAUGGCCCAGGGCGUGCUGAUCACAGACCAAUUUGUCAUAACAAAUGCCAAGGGCCUACCAGCAAAUCCACAUUCCCUUGAAGUGAGUGUGAUCGGAAUGCAAAAAACAUAUGAAUCAUACAGAGUUGUUAAAAUCUUCAAGCAAGCACAGGAAAACAAUGAUAUUGCUUUGCUCAAACUAAAUCGACAGGUGACGGGAACAGAUGGAAUGAAACCAAUCUGUAUGCUUGCGAACUUAAACGACCAACAGGAAGUCGAAUCUAGCACCUCCUUUACAGUGUUUGACUAUAUUAACACCUAUUCAGGUGUUUUUGAUUUUACCGUUUUUCCUAUAAGCCCCUAUGAUUGCUCAUACAGUAUCCAACGAAUAAUCGAACCAAAUCAACUUUGUGUGAGAACUCCUCGGGGUAUUAGUCAGAAUUACGGAAAACCUGGCGACAUAUUGGGAAAAAAGAUAUUUUAUAUGGGAAAGGAAUGGUUCGUUAUGUAUGGAAUUGUCAGCUAUAGCUAUAAUGGUGUGUACAUUUAUACGAAUGUUAUGGCUCAAACUGGGUGGAUAGCGAAUACGUUGAAGUUAAAUCAGUUUUAGUUUUCUAUCAGGGGGCUACAAAAAUUACUUCUGCGUCAAGUCUUGUACAGUUUAUACUGAUGCACAUAAGAAACUUUCGCUAAAUGUGUUAUGUUAUACAAGCUAUUUAUUAACAUUAAAUAUGUAAAUAACUUUAUACGUAAAAUAAAUAUCAUAACUUUCAGAGUUU